CGCAUCGAACGCACAAAAGCUUGGAAAUGGCUGGCUUGAUAAACUCCCUUCUCUCACCAUCUCCACCAACGGCUCGUCUUCAACUUCAGAAAUGGUGCCACCCUUCUUCACUUGGCCACUCAUGGAGGAGAAAUCUCACCGUCCAUACUCAAGCAAGCUCUCAUACCUUACAUCCAAACUACAACUUAUUCAACUCUCUCCCUCAUGAACGCAUGGCCCCAGCCUCCCACCCCGACACCAACACCACACGGAUUGAAGAAUUGAAGGAAGAAGCCGCAAAGAAAUUAAUUAAAGAACCGUAUGAUCCAACCGCUACAAUGAAAUUGAUCGAUACGCUUCAACGGUUGGGAAUUGCUUACCAUUUCCAAGAGGAGAUCAGUGCAUUUUUUGACCUUUUUUCCAACAGCAAAGAUGACCACGACCUCUUCCUCACAUCUCUUGCCUUUAGACUGCUAAGACAACAUUCAUACAACGUGCCACCCAGUGUAUUUCAAAAAUUCAUGGACAAAGAAGGGAAAUUCAAGGAGUCCUUAAGGAAAGACACUUGGGGGUUGUUGAGUCUCUAUGAAGCUUCCUACUUGGGUAGAGAUGGCGAAGACAUACUAUCAGAAGCCAUGGAAUUCUCAAAGGGGCACCUUAAAACAUCAGUCCUAAGUUCAAAAGGGCACCUUGUUAGAGAAAUUAUGCAUUCCUUGGAGCUUCCUAGACACAAGAGGAUGGUAAGGUUGGAAGCUAGGAGUUACAUUGAGGAGUAUAGCAAGGAAAAUGGAAGGGACUCAGGUCUCCUAGAACUAGCAGCUUUGGAUUUCAACAUGGUCCAAUCACUACACCUAAGGGAGUUGGAUGAGAUACUAAGGUGGUGGAGGGAGUUGGGUCUUGUAGAGAAGCUGAGCUUCGCUCGAGAUCGGCCAUUAGAGUGCUACCUGUGGACCGUGGGGAUGUUCUGGGAGCCCCACUUCUCGAAGUGCCGGAUCGAACUGACCAAAGCCAUUGCUAUCUUGCUAGUCGUUGAUGACAUGUAUGACAGCUAUGGACCGUUGGAUGAACUAGUCCUCUUCACCAAUGCAAUUCAAAGAUGGGAUCUUGGUGCGAUGGAGCACCUUCCUGAGUACAUGAAAAUAUGUUACAUGGCCUUGUACAACACAACCAAUGAGACAGGCUACAGAGUCCUCAAAGAACAUGGUUGGAGUAUCACACACCACCUAAGAAGAACGUGGUUAGAUAUAUUUGAUGCAUUUCUAGUGGAAGCAAAAUGGUGUAGCAAGGGAUAUGUGCCCACACUAGAAGAUUAUCUAGAGAAUGGAGUGACCACUGGUGGGACAUACAUGGCAUUAGUCCAUGCUUUCUUUCUCAUAGGGCAAGAUAUGACCGUUGAAAGUGUGGACUUCCUUGAUCCCUAUCCCAAGAUCUUCUCUUGCUCGGGGCGGAUCCUUCGACUUUGGGAUGAUCUAGGAACAUCAAGGGACGAGCAAGAACGCGGCGAUGUUGCUUCAAGCAUGGAAUGUUACAUGCGAGAGAACGGUGUUUCUUCAGACGAGAAUGCCCGAAAACAUGUUCGGCGAUUAAUUCAUAACUUAUGGCAGGAGCUCAACGGGGAAUUGCUUGCUCAGACUCCAAUUCCUUCAGCCAUAACAGAAGCUUGCCUAAACCUCUCCAGAACUGCCCAAAUCAUUUAUCAGCAUGGAGAUGAUGAUAGACUUUUUGGGGUGGAAGAUCACAUCCAGUCGUUGAUCGUCAAGCCUAUUAUGCUUCAUGAUAUCUUCAUUGGGCCUGAGUCGGCCUUUCACAUCGAAUGAGAAUCUAACACAUGGGCUCAUGACAACCUUGAAUUUGAAAUUUUGUCUUUUGUUUUUUGAAAUCAACCACAGAAAUUUCAAAGUAACAUCUUACAGAUGUGGCACUUCUUUUGUGUACUUAACUGUCUUUAUACAGUGAAUG